AUGUGCCAACCCUCCAAAAAAACCUCAAAAGGAAAUCAACGCCUACAUUGACAGUUGAGAUGUUGCACAACUUCAGCAGCCCCCACUCCAAACUACAGUUGAGCUGACAGCGAUGAAUCCUCUAGGUCACCCGGCUGAGAACGUUCCACUGCAGGGGAGGUAUGAUGGACUCCCUGGUCUGCCUGGAGGAUCUACAGCAAUUCAGUACACCACUGUGAACAUGACCCCCGAGCCCCCCAAGGACCACAUCAUCUGGUCCCUCUGCUGCUUUCUCUACUCAAACCCCUGCUGCCUCGGGCUGGCAGCUCUCAUCUUCUCUAUCAAGGCCAGAGACCGGAAGGUGGCUGGAGAUCUGGAGGGUGCCCGACACUACGGCUCCACUGCCCGCUGCCUCAACAUCUGGGCCACAGUCCUGGUUUCCAUCCUUGUCCUUAUUUUCAUUAUUAUAAUGAUUGUCCUGUUAGUACAGGAGUCCAGAAGUUACAACAGCUACCGCCCAUAUGAUUUCAAUUACAGAGGCUAAAUUUGAACUGCAGUAGUAUUAAAGUUGCUGCUGCUGUGGCUUGGUGAUACUUGUGUUUCACUGCUUUACGCUCAUGGCACAAUUUCUAACCUUUUAUACCUUUUUACUUACUGUACAUCCUCGAGCAAGAGAGAUACUAUAUUUCUAUUUGUGUUACAAAGUGUGAAGUCAAGUUUGAAUGCCCGACUUUUUUUUAUUAAAUUGAGAUUUCCUGUCUGCAUCUUUGUCUCAGCAAUUGUUUAAGUUUCGUUUUUCAAUAAACGAAAGUUCCAUGGUGUUCCAUAA